GUCAUGUUUGUUCCUUCACGCUCUCCGUAGUGGGAGCUAGCUCGCCAUAGGAGACUCAUGCGAUGUUUACAGGGAUAGAAAGUCUUCAAUAACCGUCUUUAUUGUGUUUGUUCACAGCCAUUUACUACUUAACCACCACCAUUACCUGACGUCUCUUCAAGAAGAGAAGAGAUGGCAGACCACGCCCCUUCUGUUGCCAUGGAGGCUGUCCUCAAACCCAGCUGCGACCUCCCAGAGGACAUGCCCAAAAUCAAAGGCUACGACUUCAACCAGGGGGUCGAUCUCCACGCGGUGCUGAAGUCCUACCUCACCACAGGCUUCCAGGCCAGCAGCUUGGGCUUGGCCAUCCAGGAGAUCAACCACAUGAUAGAGAAGCGUCUGGAGCCAGUGGAGGCUGAAGGAAAUGAGUGUAACGAGUCUGGCGAAUCCCCCCGCAACUCUGGCUGCACCAUCUUCCUGGGUUACACCUCCAACCUCAUCAGCUCUGGAGUCAGGGAGAGCAUCCGCUACCUGGCAGAGCACAAAAUGGUGGAUGUAAUUGUUACCACAGCUGGAGGCAUCGAGGAGGAUUUGAUCAAAUGUCUGGCUCACACGUACUUGGGAGACUUCAGCCUGCCUGGCAAGGAGCUCCGCCUGAGAGGAAUUAACAGAAUAGGGAACCUGUUGGUGCCAAAUGAUAACUACUGUAAGUUUGAAGACUGGCUGAUGCCCAUCCUGGACCAGAUGCUGUUGGAGCAGAACACAGAGGGCACCCGAUGGACUCCCUCCAAAAUGAUCCAUCGGCUUGGCAAGGAGAUCAAUAAUACUGAGUCUGUCUACUACUGGGCGUACAAGAAUAAUAUUCCAGUGUUCAGUCCUGCUCUGACUGACGGCUCUCUGGGCGACAUGAUCUACUUCCACUCUUAUAAGAACCCUGGCUUGGUUCUGGACAUAGUGGAAGAUAUCCGCAAGUUGAACAGCCAGGCGGUGUUUGCCAAAAAAACAGGAAUGAUCAUCCUGGGAGGAGGGCUGGUCAAACAUCACAUAGCCAAUGCUAAUCUCAUGAGGAACGGAGCUGACUAUUCGGUGUAUGUAAACACGGGUCAGGAGUUCGAUGGCUCUGACUCUGGGGCCAGACCUGAUGAAGCCAUAUCCUGGGGCAAGAUCAGAACAGAUGCCAAACCCGUCAAGGUGUAUGCAGACGCCUCUUUAGUCUUCCCACUGAUAGUGGCCGAGACCUUCGCUCUCCACGCGGACAAGCUGACCGCCGGAAAGAAAACAGAUUAAAUAGCUGCCUCCUUAAAUGCUCUGUUAGAAACAGCAACCAGCUUUGUUGCUCUGGUUCCUCCCUUUGUUUGUCUAAUUGAACAUAUGAGUUUGAUCUUCUGAACCUUUCCAUUGAAAAUACAUAGUUAGGACUUGGCAACUGUAAGAGGCGGCAUUGCGAUGUUGUCAUGCAUACAAUGCUGCAAUUGAGAACCUCAUUGAAUGGGAGGCGAUGGCGAGGGUUUCUUGUCUUAAUGUUUUCCAUACCAAUAUUUGCUUGUUUAAACAAGUACAGUUUUUUUUCCCUCUCUUAUCCCGAGCACGGGUAGCAUGCUAUAGCAUGUACCAAAGAGACUAUCGGGAAUGCAUCAGGUUUUAGCUCCAGAGUGUGUGUCUGACUGUGUGUGUGUGUGUGUGUGUGUGGUGUGUGUGUGUGUGUGUGUGUGUGUGUGUAAGCGAGAGAAUACAUAUGCACUUAUGAGGUGGUGUUUGUAAUUUAUUUCAGUUCAGCUGUGGCGAGGCAGCAUGUCACAUCACUUGAAUAUUACCUUAUUGCUUCUCAGUUUUUAUAUUCUCUAAAUCUUACCGUCGCUGUCACAGGAUGAGGGAUGUGCCUGUAUAGCUAAAUAAAUCAUUAAGUAAUCAUCUCCUCCUCCUCCUGCAUUUAAUGGGAUUUUAGCAAACUAUUACAAAUACUCUUUGUGCAGUAAGUGUGUGUGAGAAGGCCACAAGGGGUCCAUCAUGUGACAUGUCAUUUCACAUGACUGUGUUGGUGAUCUUUGUUAUAUAAAAGGAUGUUUGCAAUGUUUGCAUUACAGGGGCAUUGCUGAUCUAUGAUGAAAAAUAAUAUUUCAGAAUUUUAAAUAAAGUUUUAAACUCCUCA